ACACUCCCUUUCCACAUUCAAAUAAAAAACAUUCUUAGAUUCCUUCGCACUUCAAAACACCCUUUAUUUCCCAAGCUGCCACUCUCUCUCCAGAUAUGCAAAUCCAAAUCCAAAAUUUGAUUUUUCAACAGUGAUCAUAAUCUGCAACCACAAAAGCUAUGAAAUUUGGCAAGGAAUUCAAGACCCAUCUUGAAGAAACCAUCCCUGAGUGGAGGGACAAGUUCCUCUGUUACAAACCAUUGAAGAAGCUUCUCAAACACCACUUAGCCUCCGCCAACAACGCCACCACCACCACCACACCCAUCAAUCUUCCUCUUCACCUCCUUCAACCACCCUCUUCCCCACACCUCCUCCAAGCUUGGUUCGUUCGGAUUCUCAAUGAAGAACUUGAAAAGUUCAAUGAUUUCUAUGUUGAUAAAGAGGAAGAGUUUGUUAUCCGCUUCCAGGAGCUGAAAGAGAGGAUUGAGUGUCUUAAAGAAAAAAGCAGCCAGAGUGAAAUGUACACUUCUGACUGUGAAUUCAGUGAAGAAAUGAUGGACAUCAGAAAGGACUUGGUCACUAUUCAUGGAGAGAUGGUCCUUCUCAAAAACUACAGUUCCUUAAACUUUGCAGGACUAAUUAAAAUUUUGAAGAAGUAUGAUAAAAGAACUGGUGGGUUGUUGCGUCUGCCUUUUACACAAUUUGUUCUUCGUCAACCGUUUUUCACCAUUGAGCCUCUCACAAGGCUAGUUCAUGAAUGUGAGGAAAAUCUUGAACUUCUCUUUCCACUGCAAGCAGAAGUAAUUCAAUCGAAUCCUCUUCCGGAAAAUCAGUCUAGGCCACCGGUGGAUAACGCAACAAACGUCGUACCUGAGGCUUCCUCAACUCUUGGGGAGGAAACCGUGUAUAUAUAUCGUAGCACUCUCGCCGCUAUGAGAGCCAUAAAGGGUCUUCAAAAAGCAAGCUCAACGUGCAAUCCUUUUUCAUUUUCUUCCCUCUUCAGCAACCAAGAUGGUGAUGGUACUGGUGCUAUAACAGCUGAAAACUCUGCAGCAAAUUCUCCAGCUACCUUGCAGAAUGAAGAAGGUGUUGGUAAAAACCAAGAUGACUCUGUGUAGGACAUCUUUUCUUUUAUGGUUGCUUUAUUUAUCUUCUUUUGGGUUCCUAAUUCAGCCUUGUUUAUGAAAUCGUAUCUUUUUGUUCGUAUAUACAAUAAAUUACAUGUUAACUAAUGAGAUGUACUUUAUUUAGCAUUUAACUUGGAAAAUAACACCUGAACAUUACCUUUUUUUCCCUUCACUUUUAUAUCAAUGUUUACUAUGUAGCAUAGCUUGCACAGUGACUGGCAUAACACAAAAAUAACCCGGUCAAAGAUGGGAGUGUGCAAACUAGGCCUUGACAGUGCCUCUGGAUUAUGUUAUAGAACUAUAUGAGAUCUGAUUUUCAGUGAGGAAUCAAACAAUUGUAUAGUCUUCAUGGUUUUGCUUUAUAGGUGUAUGUGUCCAAAUAUUUAAAGACAAAUAUUAAUCAGUGUCCUUAAAGCAUUAGUCAACAAGACUCAUUUAAAUU